AAAACGAGGAAGUAAUUUUACUUAGCCACAGCAUUCAACAGGAAGGAGACAACAUUUAUAUUUGCACACUUAAACAACCUAGACUUUUCUCCAGCAGCUAAAAUGUAACAGAAAAUAACUUUUGCCCACCACUAAGAAGGGAACAAAGGAAAAAGAAAGUCAAGACAAAGUAGCAGCAGGGAUGGCAUCUGGAGUGAUUGAACCUUUGGAGCAGUAUGACUCUGUUAUUCGUGAGGAUCGAGAAGAGAAUGAUCCUGAUUUACAGUUUGAUUCAGAAAUUCGUGAGGAACCAGAGGUACCACAAAAUGGCCUAGCUGGUGCAGCAAUCCCACAAAUGGAUGAGGCCCAGAUUGAUGACUUUUUAGGCACCAAUCAAGAUUACAAUGAAGAGGAGGAAGAGCGGAAGUAUUUCCGAAGGAAAAGGCUUGCUGUGAUCAAGAAUGUCUUUGUGGCCAGCAUUGGAGGGAUGCUGACUUAUGGAGUGUACAUGGGCUUGUUACAGAUGCAGCUCAUUCUACAUUAUGAUGAGACAUACCGUGAAGUGAAAUACAGCAAUAUGGGACUACAGGAUAUUGACAACAAGAUGCUGAUGGGAAUUAAUGUCACACCCAUUGUGGGCCUCCUCUACACACCAGUCCUAAUCAGGUUUCUAGGCACAAAGUGGAUGAUGUUUCUUGCAGUGGGUAUUUAUGCUCUCUUCGUCUCUACCAAUUACUGGGAGCGCUACUAUACUCUCGUCCCAUCAGCUGUUGCCAUUGGCAUGGCUAUUGUUCCUCUGUGGGCAUCCAUGGGAAACUACAUCACCAGAAUGGCACAGAAGUAUUAUGAGUAUGUAAACUACAAGGAGGAGCAUGUUCAGGAGCAGAAAAAGCCACCCAAGGGAGCCAGCUACCAGUACAUCAUCAUCUUCCAAACCAUCUUCUUCUUCUUUUUCCAUCUGAGCUUUGUUUGUGCUGAGAUGCCCAUGGUUUUCUUCCUGAACAACUAUCUAUAUCCCAGUAACCAUACACUAUAUAAUGUGAAGUGGUGUGGAACAAAUGGAGUUGGGAUUAUCGAAAAUCUGAAUAAGACUGUGUUACAGCACUUGCCUCGAAGCAUGGAUCUGAUAACUGUGGAGAGUGUAUUGAUGGCUGCAGCUUUUAUCUCCAUGCUACUGAUUCUGAUCUUGUGUGGUGCUGCAUAUCGGCCCACUGAAGAGAUUGAUCUGCGCAGUAUUGGCUGGGGAAACAUUUUCCAGCUGCCCUUUAAGCACAUGCGAGACUAUCGCCUAAGGCAUCUGGUCCCAAUGUUCAUCUAUAGUGGUUUUGAGACUCUCUUUGCUUGCACAGGUUUUGCUUUGACAUAUGGAGUUUGCAGCAUCGGUAUGGAGAACUUGGGUUACAUCAUUAUUGCAUUUGGUCUCUCUGCAUCCUUGUUUUCUUGCCUGUCACUCACCAUGCUGCGAGUGCCCCGCUAUGCCCCUCUUCUUGCGGGUGUUGCUCUCCAGUUUGUGCUGAUCAUUGCUCUGUUUGCAUGGGCACCUCCACCCAACAGUGGGAGUCAGAGCAAGUGGAUCUAUGUUAUUGCAAUUCUGUGGGGGAUCGGCACAGCACUGAACAAGACUGGGAUCAGUACACUUUUAGGGAUGUUUUAUGAAAACAAGGAACGACAAGACUUUGUGUUUACUGUGUAUCACUGGUGGCAAGCUAUGGCAAUUUUUGUUGUCUACCUCUGGUCAAGUAUUAUGAUGAAGGCUAAGCUUUCCAUUAUGCUGGUCACACUGAUAGCAUCUGUCAUAUCAUACAUCUGGAUGGAAUGGAAGCUUGCUCAUGGAGUACGUUACCGCAUACCGAAGAUUCCAAAACCACGCCACAAAGUGCGAGGCUACCGCUAUCUUGAGGAUGAAAACUCUGAUGAGUCUGGCUCUGAUAGUAAAGAUGAAGAUGAAGAGGAAGAGGAGCUUCGCAGUGGCAACGACUCAGAAACAGAUGAAAGCCUGUGCUCAGAUGACAGUGAACGCAAGAGGAAGAAAAAGAAGAAGAGGAGGAGAAAGAAGAAGCAAGAAAAUGAAAGAAAUGAUGAUGAUGAUGAACUUCUUGGCGAUCUUUAAAGUGAAGUUGUAAUAGUGGGAAAAAGAGAGGUGCCUGUUGUACUGGAAGAAAAGUGUUUCUUUUGCAUAAUAAUUUUACUUGCCUUUUUUUUUUGUCUUGGCCAUAGUUUAAGCACAACCAGUUCCAUGAAACACAGAUUUUUCCCCCCACUGUAGUGUUCCUUAUAAUUUUGUUUUAAUCUUCAGAUGUCUUUGAAUAAGCCAGAGGUGUGAUGUGUUUGAUAUCCCCAUUGUCCAUUCUUGAGUUCCAGUGGAAGUGUGUAUUAGAUAUGGAGAUGUAAUAAUGCCGCACUUAGUGCUAUUGUAGCAACAUCUUAACUAUGCCUAGAUGAUGGAAAAGAGGCAAACUUUAGAACAAAGGCAACUGUUUAAGAUGCCCAUCACUUCUUCCUUUUGGCUGGCAACUGAGUGACUGUGACCGUUUGUGAAAAACUUGGAUUAUUUUUGUCUGGCAGUGUACAUUCCAGUUCUAUUAAACCAGACAAUAAACGAUGUUUGACCACCAAAAAUGUAGGCAGAUUUAAGUGAGUUUUAUUUGGUUCUGCUUUCUGAGGAGACUAACCUCCAGAUCUUGAAGCUGCAUAAGGAUACAGAGCACAGCCAUACAUGGCUGAAUGUUACUGUCAAUCACCAGCACAUAUGUGCACACCGUACAGAGUACUGCUGUUUUAAAUGUCACAAGCUAAAUUCCUGCAGAUCUCAACAUGGAGGCUGAGAGUCUCCACAAACUCACCAGAAAGGCAUUUCUAGACAGUCUGGACUGGCACAUUAAUCACUUGAUAUAUUGCUACUUUUAACAAGGUGGAAAGUAACAAUCCCCUGUUCCUAACUACUAAAGCUUUGUUUGACAGUCAGGAAUAUAUGUGGUUGUAGAUAGACCAGGUAUUCAAAGCUGUUUUUCCUCAGAAUUUAAUUGUUACCAUUUCUUGUAAGACUUUUCAUCAUCUUGGGGUAGAGUUUGGUGUAUUGCCUGUCCACAAGUAUAAGUAAUACAAAUAGUAAUGGAUAGCCCUGUAUUUAUAACAAAACUAUCCAUUCAUUGAGAUGUUGCCAUCUUGUCUGUUUUUAAACCUUUAGUUCAGUCAAACAUUUCAUUACAAUUUCCACCAAGUCUAUUAGUGAUGGAAGGUAAAACUUUGAUUUAUAUAUUGCAGAAUUUGCCAUUGUUGCAUUAAAAUGUGGCACUUACUUUUUUUAAUAAUCUCAUAGUUGCCAACUCCAAGACCACACACGUAUUUGUUAGAAUUGCAAGUGACACAUGCACACGUGUAAUUUCGGGCUGCUGUUGUAGCUGCAGAGUCAGUACAGUGUAACAGCCAAAGUGAUGUGGCUAUGCGAGGGUGUUUUAAUUAGUUGAUUAACUUCAACAAAAGUGUUCUGCUACAUGUUGUGCACCUGCUCUUCCAUUAGAGCAACUCACCAGAUGUCAAGGUGCCUAAACUACUGAUUUCAAACAGCACUUAAAAGAACUCCGUCAUGAUUUUUAGAUAUGGCCAGAGUUAUACAUGAUCUUGUGUACCCUUUAAUAGCAUCCAGUCUGAAGCAUUAGCAGCUUUUGAAUUUUUCAAAUAUGGAUGUGCAGUAAACUGAAUUCCUUCUAUCAUCCUUUUGCAGCAAGUCUGGUACUGCAGCCAGUAACAAAGGCCACUUUUUACCACCUACUCUCUGAAGGCUAGUGUCAAAAUUAAUAUUUACAAUUUCUGUUAUGCUUAUAUGUUUGCUAUGAUUUAUAGAAUGGAUGCUUGAAGAGAAAGCGAGUUAUGUUGUGAUCAAAAAUGCAUGGGUUAAUCAAAGAUGAUAUAACAUUCCAUUCAUUUAAAGAAACAUAAUGCAGUGGGGUGUCCUAAACUAAAGAUCAGAGAAGGCAGUUUAAAGACAAACAUAUCAAAGAAUUCUAUAGAGAGGGUGGUGAAUGUGUGGAAUGUCCUGUGAAUGGAAGUGGAUGAAACAUGGGGCAAGUGUAAGACAGGCAAUAAACAAUGAAGGGAAUAUACUUAAUACUAGAAAAAAAUAACAGGAGCGUAGGAACUACCAGUUAGAUUAGUUGGACUGAUUAGAUUUUAUCUUCCAGCAACAUAUUUAAUGGUACUUAAUUUGUCUAUGGGCAGGACAGAUAGGCAGCAUUAUUAUGGGGCUUAAUUUUUCCAGAAUGCUGUGGUUUAUUUUGUAGUGCUAAACUGAGAGAAGACCUCAGGCCUGAGGUGGAGGUUAUUUAAAUCUCAUGAGGGCAGAGCUAGGGCUGCACAACUUUGAAUUUUAGCUAAAUGAACUUUUUUUUUUUAAACCUUAAGCACACAGCCAGAAGUAGCAAGUGUCAGAAAAAUAACAGGCAGUCAACAUGCUGUUGAUGCUGGAAGAUCAGAAGACUCUGGGUGCCAGGUGAUUCAAUUAAUUUUCCAGUAGUAACACUGUAAUGUAGCAUAAGGUUAGUGCUACAUUCCUGAGUGUGCCGUACUUCAGGUGAAUCAUUAAACUAAGGUCUCCUCUCCCCAAGUAGGUUGUGGCUCAGGUGGAAGUAAAUGAUCCCCUCACAUUUACCUAGGCAGUGUGGGAAUUCCUCCAGAAACCCUGGCCAAAUUUCUUCUAGUCAGUAUGAAUACCAGCUCAGCUCUGCUAGUAAGUAGUAGGACUUACCCAGUCAAGCAUAAAUAAAAUAAAAGUUUUUCAUGUUUCCUUUGUUUUUGUCAUAUAACCUGUGUUCACACAAAUGAAGCAAGGCAAGUCAAACAAAUAAACCAAAUCGAGUGCAGAAUGUUAGUAUUUUGUAAGCAUGAUCACCCUCAUCAAAACGAAAUACAGCAGUAAUUUCUUGGAGUUCCCCAGAUACUAAAAUAUAUGCAAUAAACAUAGUAGCUCCUUCUGGAUUUCAUUUUUCACAGUAACAUGUAGGCAUUUAUCACAUUUAUACUGCCCAAACACGAGUCAAAAUAUUCUUCUCUUUGACUUUUACUCCUGCAGUCCAUUAGCUUUAGACUCGUUUCUGCCCCCUCCUUCAGUCUGUGUAAAAUAAAAACAAAAAAAAUCCUGGUGCUUGGAAAGCAAAAACACACCCUUGUGUUCUGUUGCUUCACAGCCAGAAGUGCUUGAUGGUCAGUAUAGGCUAUGCACGUGGUCAUGAUGCUCAGUCCUUUAGCUGAGUGACCAUGCAAUGUCAUAUGUGAAAAGUGGUUGAAUUGUUGAGGUCUGCAUGUUAUAGAAGUGCACUUCUAAAAUAAAAUAGUUUGCUGCAGCUGUUGCCACUGUUGCUUUGCUGUCUUUGAUUUGCUUGGAGUAUUGCAUGCAGAAAGUACCCAAAAUGACAUACAGUGCUGUAUGCAGAAAGUACCUUAAGUUGCAUCUUCUGGUUUAUAUAGGGUCACCAGUACUGGUAGCAUAAAUGCCCCACAAAAGUUAAUUUUUAUUUGCCUGAUUUUCCCAAUCACUACUGGAAAUGUGAUGGUAUCUUUGUACCACAUUGCUUGGGUUUAAGCUUGCAUGUCCUGAUAUUUUAUGAUUCAUAUAUAAUUACCAAAAAAAAUCAUAAUUUGUGUGUGUUUUUAAGUAUUUUGUGCCACAUUUUUCACUAGAAAUGUUAACAAUUUUGCUUUCUUGUUUUACUAACCUUUUAUUUCAACACAGCUUCUUUGCCAUGGGUUCUAUUCCCAUUUUGUUUUAUUAUUGGAAGCUUUCUAAAAGAGAACAGGUUUAGUGACCAAAUAAAUACCUGUUAAAAAUAAUGCACUUUUUUCCUGAACCUUCCAGUACUGUAAGAUGUUCUGUAAAAUAUCACUGAAGUGAUAUAUCAUUUACUUAAGUAAUCACAGCCUCUCCCCUAAAUUCAUGAACAUAAUUCUAGCUGCUAUUUGUGCAACAUGAAACUGACACAGCAUAGAAAAGACACAAGUAAAUGCUUGUUCCUUUCUUUGUACUCACUCUGGUCUUCUCCGGGUCACACCUGAAAGUGACAUUUUGUUUUUACACCUCCCCACAGCUGGUCUUAAAAAGGCAUUGAUAUAGACAGAUGUAAAUGUCGUGCUUUUGAACAGGAGGAGUCUUUACAAAUGCAAUUCUGUUUAAUUAAGGUCAGUACACACCGUGUUGUUGCAUAGGCCAUCAGUUUUUGCUGAUGUAAAACAUGACUUGGCAUGUUGUGAUUUAACAAUGUGAUCAGUGAUAUUUUUGUAUAAAACAGAGACAAACUAUCCUAUUUUUUAAGUAAAAUAGUACAGUGUAUAGACUAGAUUUGACAGUUUUCCUUUUUUAUCUGAACAUAUGUUUAUAUGCACGUGGUUCAUAGCAUAAUAUAUAUGAGACUGUGCAAAAGUUGUUGCACAAAAUGAUAUCCAUAAUCCCUUUCUGGCAGUCCAUACUAUACAAUAAUGUUAUUAUACUACUGUAUUUCUAUGCUGUUUAUACUGUAUUGGAAAUUGAAUGAUAUAGUUUACUUUGGUCUUUAUAUAGCUACAAAUAUAACUAAGCUCAAGACAAUAAAUAUGCAGGUGAUCCAACUUUGCAUCAUGCCAAGUACCACGUCUGUGCUUUGUGAAUCCCAUCUUAUCCUCUAAAAGCCUUGUUUAUGGUAGAUGUCUUCUAAAAUAAGUAAGCCAUUGUAGCCUAGUUGACUUCACCUAAUUGCCAAAAAUAAAAUCAGAAUAGAUAUAUCACCUCUAAAUCUGCAGUGUGAUGUUAUUGUAUGACAUUAUCACUGCUGCCAUCAAUCCAUUUAGCAGUUAAUAGUUAGGCCUUGUUUUGACUAAGCAUUAGUAAUGAAUUAGAAAGAUGGCAUAGUCAGUGAAAACUAAAAUUCUAAUGUUAUGAAAGUAGAUAUUUUUUUUUAAUCAGGCUAUUGUAUGCAAAGAGGAAACAUCCCUGUAGCUGUGCAUAGCUUGCCAAGUUGUUUUCAUAUCUGUACCCCCAUUUGAUAUUCCAUACCUUUAAAGGAAAAGGGCAGGAAGUAUUUACAAAAGGAAGCACAAGUAUAAAGGAGCCUGCAUUUUACAUGUUAUCUUGUUCAUUUUUAAUUUGUUUUUGCAUUCUGUUUUAUUUUGGAGAAAAAACAUUAGAUCCUUUUUGUAAAUGUUACUGUACAUAUUGCUGACAAAGCUUUAAUGUGUGACAAUAAAACAACAUUCAUUGUAUUCAUAACAAAAUAAAUAAUUGCUGACAAUGGUGAUCCUA